AUGGCAAACUACUUAUUUUUGAUGGAACUUGGGAAUAAAACCGUGACAGAUGGUGACAAUGUUAAUCUUAUCAAGUUAACAGUGACCGGAUGUGGGUUUUCAUUCGUUGGUACUAUGCUGUCGUUAUGCUUGAUAUGUUUUCUUCCUGUGGGGAAUGAUAGCACGUUUAUAUUAACAAACCUUUGUAUCAGUUUGGUCACAUCACAACUAGCGUUCAUAGCAGCAGAAAAUGCCUAUCCUGAAAAGGGAAUGUGUACAUCCGCCACAGUUGUUAUACAGUAUUUGUUUCUCGUUGUCCAUUUCUGUUCUUUCUCAUAUGGAAUUCAUCUAUGCUCUAAGUUGAAAAACUUUGGUGAUAUCAAGAAGAAACGACCAGUGAUUGUGUUUAUGUGCUGGGGAGCACCAUUACUAAUAUCUUUAUUGACGGUCUCGUUGCGAGGAGGAGAUUUUGGAAAAGGUGCUUUAUGCUGGUUACCUACGGAGCACGGAACCAGAUGGGCGUUUCUUGGCCCUGUAAUGAUAAUACAAAUUAUCAAUUGGUGUGUUUUUCUUUUAAUGAUGGCUACACGUUUCUCACUUGACAUUAAACGUGGAGAAAGUCUUCCUAAUAUAAUAAAGCAGCAGUGUUUAACUGGAGUGUCCUUGUUGAGUGUUUUAGGACUAACCUGGACUCUUGGUUUCAUUGUGACCUUCGGUUCACCUAAGGUCAUGGCCUAUGUAUUCGUAUUCCUUGCAUCAACACAGGGAAUGCUGCUUUUCUUCUGUCAUGUACUAACUAACAACCAAGUAAGGAAAGUUCUUUGUGUGAAAAUGAAACCACGUGACCCUGACGCAUCCGUAUCUGUAGAUUACAGCGAGGACUACACUAGGACAUCUAAUGUAUUUGAACAUUCAAGACUAGAACAUCCAUCUUCCGGGUAG